GCAAUUGAGUUAGCAAUUUAGUUGUUCCAGUCAGUUUGUUGAGCUGCUUGAGCUCUUUGGCGAUCCGUUGGUUCGGUUGCUGGAGAAAUCAAAUCGAAAUUGGGUGAAAUUGGGGUGUUAUCCGGAUCCUAAUUUUCGCUUCUAGGGUUUAUAAUGUUGAUAUCGUUUUAAGGGAUGAUCGUGAAUGCUCGAAUGAUUAACUAUGACUCCUUGUGAAGUAGGAUCUGUUCUGAGAGAUUGGGUUUCUCGUAACUUUAUGAUUUGGUGGACGGCGGCACGAUCAUUGCAAUAUUUGGUUAGUCUUUAGUGCUGAGCAGUUGUUGCUGAAAAAUUGGCUGCUGCCACAUACGAAUAAUGUCAUGUCAACCGAAUUAAUGAUUCUUCUUGGACCUUCUUGGUUCAAGAAAUUAGCUUCUUUCACUGGUAUCUGUAGUUCAGUCAGAUAAUAUUGUUGUCAUGUUUUAAGGAUAUAAUUAUAGUUUUCCUUUUUGGUUGUUGGGAUGAAAUAUGGUUGAUAUCUAGUUUCACAGCGUGACGUUUCUGGAAAUCAUUGAAAGAGUGGCGGAUGAAUGGAGGAGUGUCGAGAUUAUUACAUGGUGGUAGUGGAGGGAUGAUAAUAAUCUCGUACUGUUGAGAGUGCUUGCAUGCUGAGAUGUGGGAAUUGGAAUUACACUUCUUGAGACUGGUUGGGUUAUACAGCAUCGAUGUCUUUCUUUCUUUAUUUAUUUGAAAUUGAGAUAUCAAACUUGAUGGGGGUCCAGGGACUCUGGUAUUAGCUGCAAGGCAACUUCUCUCUCUUGGCCACUCUCAGAAGUCAGGUUUCUAUUACUGCUUGCGCUCUCUUUCUUGGAGGCAAUGUCACAAAAAGGUUAUGCAAUUGAGCUCUACUUCGACCCUGCCCUCGAGAACCAGGUCCUUAAGGCUUGGAAUGUCCUGGCACGCCGUCAGAUCAGCACCCAGCUCAUUGAGAUCGAGUCUCGGCCCCACAUCACCCUCUUCUCAGCCCCCUUUGUUGACCCCACCAAGCUUGAGAACAUAAUAAAAAUUUUCUCUUCCAAGCAAGCACCGCUGCCCUUGUCUUUUUCCAUGAUAGGGAGCUUCUCAAAUGACAAUGACGUUCUCUUCCUCACUCCCACACCUACAGUGUCUCUCCUCCAGUUCCACUCCCAGCUCUGUGACGCGAUGAAGAAGGAAGGCAUUGAGAUCGGAGAGGAAUCCCGCCCUGAGUCAUGGGUUCCGUACUGCGCUGUUGCCCAGGAGGUCCCCAGGACACGAAUGGCCGAGGGAUUCUGUGUCUUGAGGGACCUGAAGUUGCCUGUUAGCGGGUAUGCUGUGGAUAUUGGGCUCGUGGAGUUCUCUCCCGUGAGAGAGUUGUUCUCCUUCGUGCUUGGUAACACUGUAGAAGGAUGAUAAUUUUUUUGGUGCUGGAGCCUCUUGCUGUGCUUAACAUUAGGGUCAUAAUCUUUGUGUUACGAACACGGUGCAGUUUUGGUUUAAAUGUGGAUUAACAUCAAGUGACGGUCUUGCAAUUAUAAAAGCAUCUUCAUUUGCCGCUAUGAAGUUUAUUUUAGCGCU